GCUAUCUUCACGUACAUUAACGGGGCAAAAAAGUCCCUAGUUCCCUUCGAGGCGAAGUGAAAACUGAAAAGCUUAAAGAACAAAGUUUACACGGUCUCAAUUGAUUUGAUUAAUCCAUCUUAUUACCAAACCCAGAAAAAAAGAAAGAAAGAGUAGAUCAGCUUCUUUAGUUCAUCACUAUCGAAAUUCCUCUCUUGAUCGAUUCUAAUUUCCCUUCGUAAAACCCUAAUUUCUCUACCUCAAUCUAUCUUCCUUCUCUUCCCCAUCAAUCUACCUCAAUUUUGUUGCAAAUGGCGACAAGAAAUCGAACAACACUGUUCAAAAAGCACAGAGAUGCAAUUAAAGCUGUUCGAAUGCCGGAUUCAUCGUUAAUGGCGGGUGGAAGUGGCGGUGGAGCUGGAGGCCCGGUGAUCGAAAUGACUUCACUCCUCAAUUCACACGCAUCUUCUUCAUCUUACACUCCUCUUAGUACUGAGGAUCCCUCUACUUCCAGCAGGGAUGCGUUGACAGUAGGUCUACCGCCAGCAUGGGUAGAUAUUGCAGAAGAAUUAACUGCGAAUAUUCAACGUGCUCGAAUAAAAAUGGCAGAGCUAGUAAAGGCUCAGUCAAAGGCUUUAAUGCCAUCCUUUGGAGAUGGGAGGGAUGAUCAGCGUCAGAUUGAAGGUCUUUCCCAAGAGAUAACAGAUAUACUGAGGAGAUCAGAGAAACGGUUAAAGGAGCUUUCAGCACGCGGUCCUUCUGAAGAUUCUGGUGUUCGAACAAAUGUACAGCGUUCCCUUGCUACAGAUCUUCAAAACCUUUCAAUUGAACUUCGUAAGAAGCAGUCAACAUACUUAAAACGGCUGAGAUUACAGAAGGAGGGAGCUGAUGGUGUUGACUUGGAGAUGAACUUAAAUGGGAGUAUGAAAGUUGAGGAUGAUUUCAGUGACGUGGGUUUUGACAAUCAUCAAUUGUCUGAACUUAAAAAAAGUGAACAUUUGACAGUAGAAAGGGAGAGAGAGAUCAAUCAGGUUGUGCAGUCUGUUAAUGAACUUGCUCAGAUCAUGAAAGACCUUUCAGUUCUUGUGAUUGACCAGGGUACUAUAGUUGAUCGGAUAGACUACAACAUCCAGGACGUUGCAGCGACAGUUGAGGAGGGCUUCAAACAACUUGAGAAAGCAGAGAGGUCACAACGAAAGGGGGGGAUGGUACAGUGUGCAACAAUUCUUAUCAUCAUGUGCUUUGUUAUGUUGGUGCUUCUCGUUCUUAAAGAGAUACUAUUUUAGCCAAGGAGGAAGUAUCAUGGUCUCUGCUACCACUUGCAUAGCAUCUCAUAAUUUGGCAAGCUGAUUGAGAAUCAGGUUCAGUGAAACCAAGAUAUUAUUUUGUAAUUACCUUCGAAACCCUGGACACAGGUUCUGGUCAUCAUAAUCAGUCAUUCUCCAUGUCCUGAUGUUCAGUUGUGACACGGAAACCCCAUUUUUCUGAUGAUUUUGGUUAAUCAUAGUAAUGAAAGUUCUGUAACAAUAUCCAGCUGGCGAUGUACUCCCCAUUGUAUAUGAUUUUGAAUUUUGAUAGUUGAUUUGGUUUAUUUGAAAAGCAAGUUCGUCAAUGGACAGUCGCCACUAUAAAACCAGCUUCUUUUGUUUUAUCAUAGA